GAAUGCCAGCCGAAACCAGCCUUCUUUUUCGUUUCCUCACCUCUCACAUUUCCCAGCGUAUUUCCUCCCUUAGUCCUGCCAAACCGUCCUGACUUCGCAGCUCACCCUCCUGGCAGCCGCGAAAGACCUUAACGCGAUCAUGGCCUCCCCUGGCCCGAAGAGCCCGGCUCUGCAGACAAACAUGGACGUCGACUAUGUUGUCACGUACCGCUUUGCCAACACAAAUCAAGAAGAGGCUAUCGUCAAAUUCGAACGCCUCAUCCAAGCUCUAUCCUCUGUCGGCCUGGCCACAGAAGUCCGCAAUGGCGAAAACCAUUCGGUCCUCAUAUUCUGCAGGGUUGCUUCGGAGGAGCAUCUCUUCGGUGAGGUGUACAGGUCAAGAGUAAGAGAUUGGAUUCACGGCAUCCGCUCGUCAGAACCCCCAAAGGAGACCCGUAAAGCUCUCGAAGUCGAUCCCCUUUCCGAGGCCGAAAGACUACGCAUCAUAUAUCAGCUCAUAACCAAUCCAGAAUCGGAGGGUGGUGCCGGGAUCACUCCCAAGGAGGGCGAGUGGAAGAAUGUAGAGGCUGUUUUUGCCUUACAUGACCACGCGUACAAUCAUAGAUGGAUCAAGAAAUGGAGCACUCAGUACCUUCUGAACGCAGAGGACUUGGACGAGAUCCGUAACCGCUUGGGCGAGAAGAUUGCGUUCUACUUCGCUUUCACCCAGUCGUACUUCACCUUCCUGAUAUUCCCGGCCGCCUUCGGCUUCUCAGCAUGGGUUAUACUCGGCCAUUUCUCACCUGUAUAUGCUAUUGUCAAUGCUCUUUGGUGCACCGUCUUUACAGAAUGGUGGAAACAUCAAGAAUUUGACCUGGCUGUCAGAUGGGGCGUGCGUGGAGUAUCCCAGAUUGAGUCUACACGUAAGGACUUCAAACAUGAGAAAGAAGUUUCGGACCCUGUUACCGGAGAGACCGUCAAGGUGUUUCCGGCGACGAAAAGGCUUCAGUGGCAACUUCUGCAAAUCCCUUUCGCGCUGGCCUCGAUUCUUGUUCUUGGCAGCCUCAUCGCCGUGUGCUUCGCCAUUGAGGUCUUCAUCUCGGAAGUCUACAAUGGCCCCCUGAAGUCUAUCCUGGUGUUUUUGCCUACGGGAAUCUUGACAACUGUCAUGCCAGUCCUUCAAAGUAUUUUGACACAGUUUGCGACACGUCUCAACGAACUCGAGAACUAUGAGACUCACGGCUCAUACGAGACGGCCUUGACCCAAAAGAUCUUCGUCCUUAACUGCAUCACCUCCUACCUUCCUAUCAUCUUGACCGCCUUCGUUUAUGUUCCAUUUGGUAGCCUUGUUGUGCCAUACCUGGACGUCUUCAGCGUCACGGUGAAGCCAUUUGCCGAGCACGAGAAGCAGCUCCAGAUGCCAGCCACAUUCAGCAUCAACCCGGAUAGGCUGAGGAAGCAGGUCAUUUACUUCACGGUCACUGCUCAAGUCGUCAACCUCGCCAUGGAGGUGAUUGUUCCUUACCUCAAGCGCCAGGGUUUCUCCAAGUACAAGGAAAUUCAAAGCGAACGCGCUGCAAAGCGCGGUGGUGCUGUCCUCAACGUAGCUGAAAACGACCCGCCAGAGGAGGCUACUUUCCUCACGCGCGUGCGCAAGGAGGCAGAACUCGACGUUUAUGACGUGACAUCCGAUCUGCGAGAGAUGGUCUUGCAAUACGGAUACUUGUCACUUUUCAGUGUGAUUUGGCCGCUGACUGCUGUUUCAUUCCUGCUCAACGACUGGGUUGAGCUGCGCGCUGAUGCGCUCAAAAUCUGUGUUGAGAUGCAGCGACCGACGCCCUCCCGCGCCGACACCAUUGGUCCUUGGCUUGACAGCCUAAGCUUCUUGACAUGGAUUGGUAGUAUCACCACUUCUGCCUUGGUCUACCUAUUCUGGAACGACGGCAUUGGUCCUGACGGAACCCCAGCCGACAUCAAGGGAUGGGCCUUGCUUCUUACUGUUUUCUUUUCUGAACAUCUCUUCUUGGUUGUGCGCAAGGCCGUCAGAGUAGUCAUUUCUAAGAUGGACUCCCCCGGUCGCCAGAAGGAGCGUAGAGAGCGUUUCACCCUUCGCAGACGCUACUUUUCGGAAAGCCUUAGUGAGGUUGAGAAGCUGCCGAAGAUGGCUGAGGAAGGCGGUGAUGUUGACCGCGCAACCCUUGAAGAAGAGGCUAGGCAGAGUAGUCUGAGGGAAAGCAAGUUGGAGGACAAGUUCUGGGCUAGACAGCGUGGCUGGAGGGAGACUGUCCAUGUCGGCAAGGGAUUCAUUGAACGUGCGGCGAGCGGGGAGUCGAAGAAGGCGCAGUAAGGGGUUGCAACUUGGUGGGUGAAAAACAAAAUUAUCAGAAACCUUGAGGAAGGCUAUGCUUGUCAUAGCAGCGAACUGUCAGAUAUCAAAUAGCUUCACGACUAUGAUUACGACAGCAAUUGUAACUUGAUCCUAUUGCAUGGUUG